AUGAAAAGGCACAUCGAUGCUUUACAUGAACGGGUCAAGGGGACAUUGAAGGGGUUUUUCGAGGAGUUGAAGGGUUUUUUUAGUUGUAAGAGUGUCCGAGCUACGGUUGUUCGUUCUCCUGUUCUUGAUUUGUUCAUAUUGAGCUGUCAAUCGAAGCUGAUACGUCGGGUUUCAAUUCUUCCAUUUGUUACAUUUGAGAACACGGUGGUAGCCUCUUUUGAUCUAUAUCGAGUUUGUGAUCAAUAUUGGAGUUGCUGCUUCUUUAGUACAAAGUUGAACCAUACUAUUCCUGGAUCAUAUGACUCCUUUCAUGAUUGGAAUGUCCCUAAAUCCGUCUUAUCCAUGGUUAAAGGAGAGAGCGGGUCGUCAAUGGCACAAAAUUGGUUUAGUGCCACACAGGUUGUUGUUCCAUGUUGGAUUAAAGGACAUUACGUGGUUGUUAGAAUAUACCUCGGACGUUUGGAGGCCAAGCUACACGAUCCACUAUAUUAUGGUUUGGAUGAAGCCGCGAAAGCAAAGCAUGGAGCCGAGAUCCAACCAUUGUUGAGUUUAUUCGGGAAGAUUUUGGAAGAUGCCGGCUAUUGGACGUCGAAUGUGUGUGGAUGGGAAAGGAAGAUGCAUCCAUUGACACUCUAUAUCCCUGCACCGGACGAGCAAUUUAGUCAGAAGGAUUAUAGUUCAUGUGGUCCUUUUGCUUGCAUGGUGAUGGAGCGCAUAAUCUCUGGUGCUCCUAAUAUUACUUGGGGCAACACACGAGUGAAAAAAUACAGGGAGAUUAUUGCUGCUAGUGCUUUUAGUAUGUGCGGAGUUGAAUAGAUGUUGUAUGUGAGAUUUUGUUUGGAUUAUGACGAACUUGUCAACUAAAUUUGUUGUG